AUGAAGCCAAAACGGCGUUCCACUUUUUCACCAGCAAGCGCUGAAACGACGUUGAAAUCGCCACGCUCAAAACGGAAGAGACUGGGCACCCCAUCGCCAACUCGUCGCAAGUCCUCUAACAGUAGUGAGGAGGUCAAACCACCACCGGAAUUCAUUCCGUUCUCGUAUGAGAGGCAUUGCCCAAAACUUGGAGAAUUGCUGGAGAAGAACACGGAGGAUAUCAUUCUCGAUAGGGAUGACCUUCUUUGUCUUCAGCACGAGUUGGAAAGUAUGCUAGCUCAUUCUGCUGAUUAUCUCAGACGUGCUCAUGGAGAAGUUACGUAUUUAAACACGGGGGAUUACCCUGUUCAGGACUUGAAGACACGUCUAUGUAGUCUACCAGAAGAUGAUACUGAAGAUGACGUUGAUAUUUGGCCUCCACACCAUAUUCCUCAGCGUUUCUGGACAUGGUGCAAGGCCGAUUUUCUCACCCCCAUAGAUGCUGAGUACUUGAAGAACUUCAAAACUUUGCUCUUGGACAAGUAUACUCCCGAGGAACUGAAGUACUACUACGUUAACGAGCCUUGGAAGCAUCGUAAGCGGCAGAGUGGCCGUUCCCGCAUCAGUUCUCAGGAAUCAUUGAGUUCACGAGCCACACGACGGCUCAGUUCGGAUGCGCACUUGACUGAGAAAAGGAGCAAAGAGAAAGAAGAGAAAAGUCAAACAUCUAACCGAAAGAUCUCUGGGACUUUGAAUGUUCGACCAACCAGAAGUUCUGAUUCGAAGUUGGCACCAUUGAUUAGUGAUGUGGUUUGUGCCGCCACACGUGAGAUGAGCAAAGAAGACUUCACAACGCCAAACCGGAGAUCUUCUAUCAAACUGCACUCGCGUGAUGAUUGCGAAGAUGACAGAAAAUUUCAUGUGAAGAACGAGCCGUGGGAAUCUACUGGACAUGAUUCUUCCGUCGGUGAGCUUCACGGGGCUCUCCAUGUUAACGGAUUUGCUACGCGAUCCCCUCCUACCACACGAAUGCACUCCCCAAGAGUCAAAAAGGAGUCUAGAGAAGACGAUGAAGAUUGGGAUCGCCCAGGUCCUAGCGACUCUUUUUCGGGAUGUACUCCCACCAAUGGACGGUGUAAUGGUGAACUAAGAACGAGACCAAGGCGGAAUGGCGAGACUAAGCGGGAGAACGGAGUGCAUGCUCCUUGCAAUCUGAGUUCACCAGCUUCAUCAGCCAUGUCUAGUCUUCCUGAAGAAAUGGAAGUUGAACGGCAUUAUCGGGAGAUUGGAAGCCGCAUCGUGAAAAUGCUUAUAGAAAGAGGUUUGAUACCAUCAUCGACAGAGCACGUUUAUCGUGAGAUUGCCACGAAUGCACUUCUACGCGAGGUGACCCUAAGUCGUGAAGGAAAAGAAGAUGAUGACGAUUCGGAUUUGGAUGAAGUUUCGGAAGAGUUACUUCGUUGUCAAAUGGAGUUGCAAGAGCUGGAACCGAGACUACGCGGGGUUAUUUCGCACUGUUGGAGUAAAAUUCGGGGAGAAUUCGCCUACUGGGAGACUUCAAAACAACUGGAUGAUGCUGAUACCGAUGUAUAUCGUGCCCGGAACAUCACAACUCCGAGCGUGGCUGCCCCAGAAUUUGAGGAUCGUAAUGAACAAGAUGAAGGAGGAAAAGGAGAAGAGGAUCCUGAUGCGCAUGCCGACGAAGCAGCGAAUGCCGUUCCGCCAGUAGAUGACGAAACGGCUGGUGAGGGAAUCGCCAAGGAGGACACAGAGCCCGUGAAAGGGAAGGAUAAAGAGGAGAAUCAACUUGGCGCAAUGGUUGAGGACGCCAAGGGGAACGUACCUGUUCCGCCUACUCCCAAUAAGCUCCAAACGCGUGUUGAUUUCAAUCAAUCAGAAGACUCGCACUUUAUGACCUUUGUGAUGGUGGGUGGCCUUCUCGUAUUCUGCCUGUACCUGUUGCACUACAACAAGAAGAAGAUUCUUGGGCUAGUUUUUGAAGGAAGGGCUCCAGGUCGUCAUCGAAGAAACGUACGCUACAGGAGAUUGUCUCAGCGAGAUGAGCACGACAGGGAAGACGUCAUUUAUUAA